ACCAACCAACUAUUCUCUAGUCUCCUCCGCCACUCAAAUGGCGCGUUGCAUCCCACGCGCCACCCUAGUACCCACCGCGUCAGCUCCGAAAAAACUGAUCGUCCCGCGUGAAUCGGACACGCUGUUUGGCGGUUACAAACGGAGAGACGCGGCGAGGCCGUUGGCGAGAGGACGAGUCUUUGCCGAGCAGAAGGAGCUUGAGCUCAAUGGGGGCGUCCUCUAUAAGCCAAAGUUCAAGUAUGUCUUCUGUGACAUGGAUGGCACCCUUCUCAACAGCAAGAGUCAAUUGAGUUCAACGACGGCCAGGGCUCUCAAAGAAGCAUCAUCAAGGGGUGUGAAAAUAGUGAUUGCCACUGGAAAAGCUCGUCCGGCUGUGAUGCGCGUCUUUAAGAUGGUAGAUUUAGCUGGAAAAGAUGGCAUUGUUUCAGAAUUUUCUCCUGGGGUUUUCUUGCAGGGAUUGCUGGUUUAUGGUAUUCAAGGUCGGGAAAUUUGUAGAAGGAAUUUAGAUCCAGAUGUCUGCAGAGAGGCAUGUCUUUACUCGUUGGAGAAUAAGGUUCCUCUCAUUGCAUUCAGCAAGGAUCGGUGCUUCAGUCUCUUUGAUCAUCCAUAUGUUGAUGCUAUGCAUACUGUAUAUCAUGAGCCGAAGUCGGAGAUUAUGCCUUCAGUUGAGAGCCUAUUGGCUGCUGAUGAAAUACAGAAACUGGUCUUCAUGGACACUGCUGAGGGAGUAUCUACUGCUCUGAGGCCAUAUUGGUCAGAAGCAACAGGAGAUCGUGCCGCAGUUGUACAAACUGUGCCGGACAUGCUUGAACUUGUUCCCCCAGGAACCUCAAAAGGUAGUGGAGUAAAAAUGCUACUUGAUCAUUUGGGAAUCACUCCAGAGGAGAUCAUGGCUAUAGGCGAUGGGGAGAAUGAUGUAGAGAUGCUGGAGCUGGCUGGUUUGGGCGUUUGUCUCAGUAAUGGAGCAGAGAAAACAAAAGCUGUGGCCAAUGUAAUCGGCACCAGCAACGACGAAGAUGGUGCAGCUGAUGCAAUCUACCGCUAUGCAUUUUGAGCUUCAAUUCAGCCAAAGAAGAGCUUCAAUAAAGUCUUUACAGAUUGGAUUAAUCCAUAGCUACUACACAGAUGGAUAUCAUUCUUUUACAAUGUAAAAACUUACCUUAUAAUGGAGAUGCUGUUACUGGUAAAAAAGUAAUAGUAAAUAUU